AUGUCCAGGAUAUCCGUACGACCAUUUAGGUCUGCUUUCAUUCGUUACUCAAGUAACACUACAAAGCCCAUUGUAGUAGAUGGUCAGUCCUACCAUGCAGAUGAGUGGACAAAUGUCCCCCCUUAUAUCCUCAAACUUAUAGACCGAAAAUUGCAUAAAAAUGUUAACCAUCCAAUUGGGAUAUUACAUGACUUGAUUCGACAAAAUGUGGAAGGAAUGGGAUACACCGUAUAUGAUAACUUCCAUCCUAUUGUUUCCAAGUAUCAAAAUUUUGACAGUUUGGGAUUUCCAGAGGAUCAUGUUGGGAGAUCAAAAUCAGACACAUAUUAUUUCAACAAGGGCUAUCUAUUGAGAACACAUACUUCUGCUCACGAACAGGAGUGUUUUAUUAAUUCCAAAACACCGGGGUAUUUGAUUACAGCUGAUGUUUAUAGACGAGAUGAAGUUGACAGAACGCAUUAUCCAGCAUUUCACCAGUUAGAAGGUGCUAGGGUGUAUAACAAGGGAGACUUGGAGCAAAUUCAAAGAGACAUCGCUUCCAUUCCUGAAAUCAACAUUGUUGUAGAAGAUCCAUUUAGGGAGAACCCUGUAACACCAUACAACCCAGGCCAAGGAUAUAUGACUAACGAAGAGAUUAGACUUGUUUCUACGCAUUUGAAAAAGACUGUCGAGUAUCUAGUAAAUCAAGUUUUUGAGCGAGCUAGAAAGUCGGCCAAAAAAGCUGGAUCUACUGAACCAUAUUUGAACGAACCUUUGAAAGUACGUUGGGUUGAAGCUUAUUUCCCAUGGACUUCACCCUCGUGGGAAAUCGAGGUUUGGUGGAAAGGAGAGUGGUUGGAGUGCUGCGGAUGUGGUGUUGUUCAACAACAAGUGUUGCUCAAUUCGAAUCUUGGUGAUCAGAAGAUUAGUUGGGCUUUUGGAAUUGGAUUGGAUAGAAUCGCGAUGCUUUUGUUUGAUAUCCCUGAUAUUAGACUCUUUUGGACGCAAGAUGAAAGGUUUCAUAAGCAGUUCAAGCAGGGAGAAAUUAGUACAUUUAUUCCGUACUCAAAGUAUCCUGGAGUCAAGAGAGAUGUUUCAUUUUGGCUCAAUGAUGAUUACAAAUUGCAUGAAAACGAUGUGAUGGAGAUCGUGAGAAACCGUGCCGGCGAUUUAGCCGAGAGUGUUGUAAAUGUUGAUGAAUUUAUCCACCCCAAAACUGGUAAGAGGUCACAAUGUUAUAGAAUUAAUUAUCAAUCCAUGGAUCGAAAUUUGACAAAUAAUGAAAUCAAUUCAAUUCACAACAAAGUGGAAGAAGAUCUUGUGAAUCGUUUCAAGGUUGAAAUCAGAUGA